UCGAACGAGCCCCUUCCCCAGCCACAAUCUCAUUUGAUUUCAGGGAGACUAUUACAUUUUCAUUGCCCAGAAGGGAAACCGAGGUUGCGCAGCAACAAUCCGAGAGGCUGGGUCUCGAACCCACAGAUUGCGAGCUCCCACGCGAACUAGGAAUCUGCCAGACAGAACUAGGGCAUUGCGGAGGGAAGCAAAGUGUGCAGAAGCGCAGGGGCGGGGCGUGAGCACAGGAAGCGGUCUCUGCCCACAACCAAGAUGGCCGCAGAGAGGGCGGAAGUUCCGCACUUCCGGCCUCUGAGGCUUCUCUUUCUCCCCUGGCUGUCUGACUCUCCAUGGUGGCACGGGUCACGUGACGGGGGCGGGGUUGGCGGCGCGUUCUUCCCCGCCCGGAGGGAACCAGCUAGCAGGCCGAGAGGGGAGGGGGCACGGCCUCCGGCGGGGCGGGGGCUGACAUGUCUCUCGAAGACCCGUUUUUUGUAGUCCGAGGCGAGGUGCAGAAGGCAGUGAACACUGCCCGCGGGCUGUACCAGCGCUGGUGUGAGCUCCUGCAGGAGGGCGCCUCAGUCGGACGCGAGGAGCUGGACUGGACGACCAAUGAGCUGCGGAAUGGCCUGCGCAGCAUCGAGUGGGACCUUGAGGACCUGGAGGAGACCAUCGGCAUUGUGGAAUCUAAUCCAGGCAAGUUCAAGCUCCCAGCUGGGGACCUGCAGGAGAGAAAAGUGUUCGUGGAGCGGAUGCGGGAGGCAGUCCAGGAAAUGAAGGACCAUAUGGUCAGCCCAGCAGCUAUAGCCUUCAUGGAGAGAAAUAAUAGAGAGAUGCUGACGGGUAAGCCAGCUGCUCAGAAGGCAUCCAGCGACCUGCUGGAUGCCAGCGUGGUUUCGGCCACCUCUCGCUACAUUGAAGAACAGCAGGCCACACAGCAGCUGAUCAUGGACCAACAAGAUCAACAGCUGGAAAUGGUGUCUGGGAGCAUCCGGGUUUUGAAACACAUGUCUGGCCGCGUUGGGGAGGAGCUGGAUGAGCAGGGCAUCAUGCUGGAUGCCUUUGCUCAUGAGAUGGACCAUACUCAGUCUCGGAUGGAUGGUGUCCUCAGGAAGAUGGCCAAAGUAUCCCACAUGACGAGUGACCGCCGACAGUGGUGUGCCAUUGUGGUGCUGCUGGCAGUGCUUCUUCUGGUUCUCAUCCUGCUCUUCUCUCUCUGACCCUGGCCCUCCCGGGGUGGGGGGUGCUGAUCCCUCAAGCUGGGGGAGCUGGUAGGGCCCCGCUCCCUGGGAGGAGGGGCUCAUACCUGGGGAGUGUUUCUAAGGCAUUCAUCCAGAGCCAGGGGGACCCUCAGGGCCCCGGGCCAGAGCCUCUGCCACUGGUCUUGUUUCAAGUGCACUUAGGGGGUAGUGGAGGUAGGGGGACCUCAGACACACCCUACCCUAUUUCUAUUUCCGGUGCCCCAAAGCCAUUUAUUCGCUCCUGUGCCUUCUAUAUAUGCCAACUUGGAAAUAAAAUCCCAGCCUUUUUUAUACA